AUGGCGGGAACCACCGACACAAAUACCUACAAGUUCAACCACUCCAUGAUUCGGGUCAAGGACCCUAAGGAGUCGGUCAAGUUCUAUGAGUUCCUAGGCAUGAAACUUGUCAAGCAGCUCCAGUUCCCCGAAGCCAAGUUCGACCUCUACUUCCUCGGCUACGACUCUCCGAACGCCCUCUCCCACGGCAACUCGACCUUCGACCGCGAGGGCCUCAUCGAGCUCACCCACAACUACGGCACCGAGAACGACCCUGACUACAAGGUGAACAAUGGCAACGUCGAGCCGCACAGGGGCUUCGGCCACACCUGCAUCAGCGUCGACAACAUCCAGGCGGCAUGCCAGCGGAUCGAGGAUGCGGGCUACAAGUUCCAGAAGAAGCUGACGGACGGGAAGAUGCGCAACAUUGCCUUUGCGCUGGAUCCCGAUGGAUACUGGGUCGAGGUCAUUGGCCGCAAGCCGAUUGAAGAGACGGAGAACGUGACGACGACUGAUGUCUCUACCUAUCUCAUGAACCAUACCAUGAUUCGAGUCAAGGAUGCAGAGAAGUCCCUCAAGUUCUACCAGGAGGUCAUGGGCAUGACGCUCAUGCGCGAGGGUGGCAACCCCGCUGGCGGCUUCACACUCUACUUCCUGGGUUAUCCCGGAAAGCAGGGCUUCAAGGAGGGUGAUGGCACAGCUGGCCGUGAAGGCCUGCUGGAGCUGACAUGGAACCACGGAACCGAGAAGGACGAGGCUUUCGCUUACCAUGAUGGAAACAAGGGCCCACAAGGCUUUGGCCACAUCUGUGUUGCCGUCGAUGACUUGGAUGCGGCGUGUGCUCGCUUUGAAAGCUUGAACGUCAACUGGAAGAAGAGGCUCACGGAUGGCCGGAUGAAGAAUGUCGCCUUUGUUCUUGAUCCCGAUGGAUACUGGGUUGAGAUUGUCCAGAAUGAGAAGCUUGCCGGCAAGGACAACUUCUAA